AAUAUUCUUACAUAAAGAGUUGGCAUAUGCUCUUUUCUAGGGUUUGUGGAAGCUAUGGGCAGGGAGGUCUCGACGAGCACUGGAUUGCGCUGCUCUGCGCUGGACGCCAUCGCCGAUCGCCUUAGCGCCUUGCCGGAGCUCUACCUUCCGCAUUCGUCCUUCGCCGGGCGCGCGGAUCAACAGGUGAGCCAGCAGGAGAAGAAGGAUCAUCUCGUCUCGCUGCUCCACAGGGACGCGGCUAUCUUCCUCGAGCGCUAUGGGAGCCGGCUCUUGCUGUCGGAGCUCACAGAGUUUGAGUGUCUCAAGGAGGAUUACGAGGUGAAUUGGCACCUCAAGAAGCUCAGGGCGGCCAAGAAUCCAUCGCCGGGCGAGCAGCGAUCCAGGGCCGCGGCAGUGAAGAACCGGCGGCUUGCGUUCCUGGAGCAGCUUGUGGAGGAUGGCAACUAUUUCUCCGAGGAGGAGAUGAGGAUGCGGUGCCCGUUGCUCCAUCACGAGUACGUUGGCCAGUUCCAGGAGCCGUCUAUCUGGGCCUUCUCGCGGCGCGGGGACAAGAUGGCGGACAUUCUCAUCAGGCAGUCCGAGGAGGCUUUCAUCCAGCGCAAGAUGGAAGAGGAGCGCAAGAAAAUCCUGGAAGUGGAAGAAGAGGAGGAAGAAGAGGAAGAAGAUGAAGAAGACGAGGAAGAUGAAGGAAAAACAAAAGAUGGCGAGCAGCACAAAAAUGAAGAGUCAUACACUUCCGAGGUUAAUGCCUUGUGUUGCUUGCAGCUCUCUGACGAUGCCGGGACUUCAAACCAAAGGCAAGCAGUGCCAUCGCCACUGCCACCGUCCAGCGACGAUCGGCUUCAAGCGUUCUCUCAGGAGAUGAUGGCCAAGUUCCUCGCUGCUGAGGACAAGAACAAGCUCUCGCCGGAGGAGCUUCAAUGUAAGCUGGAUGACUUUACCCGCGUGAUGCAGGAGAAGUUCCUGAGCGGUGAAGACUCGGAGCACGUCGACUAUGCUGUGAUCGAUGACAACGCUGCUCUGGACGAUCACUGGCUCCGUGAGGUGUCUCACGAGGCCGAAGAGAAGUACUUCGAGGAGGAGGAUCUCUGAUGAACAGGUUCUUUGAAGAGAUUCUCGUGUACAUAACUUAACUGGCAGCUUGUUCCUGUGUAACUCUUUUAGCGUGUUCUUUUGCAGCGCAGGUGCGCUGCGAAGUUGUGUAUUAAGUUAAAAGAGAUUGAAUCUACAAGUAAGCUUUGUCAUUACUUUCC